CUACAAUUUUUUGACAAAUGACGUUUUCCUAACCCCACUAUUUUGUGAUGUUAUUCGGCAGAAUAAUCAAAACAAAAACAUCCUUGUGUGACUUGUCUUGUAAGAGAUCAUUUUCCGCAAUGGUGCGUUAUUUGGGUCAACAAGAAGCGAUAAACAUUGACAAGGAACUUUUCAACGUAUACAAAUUCUCAGUUGACCAGUUGAUGGAACUUGCCGGUUUGAGUUGUGCCUCUGCUAUAGCAAAAGUUUACCCCGUUGAAAAAUUCGGAAAUAAACCAAUUCUUGUAUGCUGUGGACCCGGAAAUAAUGGGGGUGAUGGGUUAGUCUGUGCGCGACAUUUGAGUUUGUUUGGGUACAAAUUGAAGGUAUUUUACCCCAAACGAACGGAUAAACCACUUUAUCAUAAUCUAGUACAUCAAGCUACAUCUUCAAAUGUUAUGAUGAUGAACAGGGAGCCUUCACUUGAUGAAGUUAAUAACGAGUUUGGCUUGGUAGUAGACGCGUUGUUUGGUUUUAGUUUUAAACCGCCGCUUAAGCCGGAUUUUGAGGGUAUCAUGGAAGUGUUAAAAUGUGUCAAUGUGCCCAUUGCAAGUAUUGAUAUACCAAGUGGUUGGCAUGUAGAAAAUGGGAUGCCUAAAGACGGCGGGAUAACUCCAGACUUGUUAAUUUCGUUAACAGCCCCUAAACAGUGUGCUCAAUUCUUUUUAGGCAAGUACCACUACUUAGGCGGUAGAUUUGUGCCGCCAAAGUUGGAAGAAAAAUAUAAAUUGCAGCUGCCCAAAUAUCAUGGCAGCGACUGUUGUGUCCUUUUGAAAUAAUCAUUUAUAUUUUUAUAUCUGUUAAUAUUUUAUUUCACCGUGGGCUUGAGGACGCUCUAAAUAUUUUACAUACGAAAAUAAAGAAGAAAUGUAUAAUAGGGAUCAAUAAAAGGGUUAUUGUGAA